CCUGCGUUUGUUGGAAUUUAGCGAGGUGAUGGGAGGGUUUUUAAUCAUAGUCAGACUGCGAAUAAAGUCUGCGGAAAUGCGGUGCGAUGAAACACGCGGACUCGCUGGAUUUAAGCUGCCGCCCACUGGGACAGUCACCGUGUUAUGAAACACAUUCAGAACAGAAACUGAGAGGCCGACGCUGAAAGGGACCCUUAGAGGGGAAGCAAUGAGCUAUGAGCCAGACAGCUACACUGAAGCUUCCAGCUGCCCAGAGCUGAGCAGGACAGAUGCAGGGCAGCACCGCGGUAUGAUGGAGGUUCAGAUUACAGAGAACUGAAAGGAUUUUGUGGAUUUAGAGUACAGCAGAGGGGGACAAUUGAAGACAUUGAGAAGUAGACCAGGCACCAGUGAAGAUGGUGGGGAGGGGGCUGUGGAUUUUCAAAGUCCGGUGUGGGAAAUGGAAGUGUAGCACAACUUCCGUGCUCUGCUUGGCAGUACCAUGUGCUGCUCUGCUAGCCCUUUUGUUUGUUGAUGCUAUUGAGUCCUGGAGCAUGUCUCUGGCCAUGAGCACAGAUGGGGUCGAGCAGAGGGAAAGGGGUACUCACAGCAAUCAGCAAAACCCAGAGAAGUAUCCUCUGAUGCCCAGUCCACUUGUGUGUCAGCGUGCCAAACCAUACCUCCUCAUCAUGGUAACAACUGCUCCAGCCAAUCAGAAGGCCCGUCAGGCCAUCCGGAACACCUGGGGUGGCGAGACUGAGGUCAGAGGUCAGCGGGUCAUGACCCUGUUCAUGAUGGGCUUGACGUCUGAUCCUGGACUAUCCAAACAGCUUCAGGAGGAGGCACGAGAUCACCGAGACCUGGUACAGGGCUGCUUUCUGGAUACUUACGCUAACCUCACCCUGAAAACCCUGUCCAUGUUGGGCUGGACCCGCCGUUUCUGCCGACAGACACGCUUCAUUGCCAAAGUGGACGAUGAUGUCUUGUUUAACCCUGGUGUGCUCAUACGUUACCUCAAUAGGAGCUACACCAUGGAGGGCGACCUGUACCUGGGCCGGGUUCAUCUUCAGGUGUCUCCCAACCGCAAUGCGGCCAGCAAGCACUAUCUCCCUGCUGCUGCCUACGCCCCUGAGGUCUUCCCUGACUACUGCAGUGGUACAACUUACAUCCUUUCCCGCUCUGCCGUCCUCAAGAUUGUCCAGGCCACCCCUCCUGUUUCACCUCAUUUACCCCUGCCUCCUGAGGAUGUAUUUGUGGGCCUGUCUGCUCGUGCCGCCGGCAUUCUCCCCUCCCACAGCCCACUUUUCUCAGGGGGCCCUGGUCUCCCCUACAACCGCUGCUGCUACCAGGCCAUGGCAUCCGUGCACCGCAUCUCUCCCACGGGGAUGAUUCGCAUCUGGGGGGAAGUGCAUGCCCCUCCCCCUUGCUCAUGGUUGGGUCUGCGGGCAUCCUUGGGUCUGUGCAAAUUGAAAGCACUGCUGGGAACCAUGCUGGAGAAGGAAAAGGAUUUGUAGUGACCACAAUAGUGGAGACAGCAUCAAUAGACCUCUGCUGAGUACUAGUGGAGAUACAGUGAGAAACUUUAUGGGUAAAUAGAUCAACCAUAUGGUAAAUGAAGCUGAUAAAGCACAAACAUAAUACCAAAUAUUUAAUUACUCUGCUCUGAGAAAUGUAUUUUUAUAAAUAUGAAUUUUUAAAUGUAUUGAUGUAUGUUUGGUACAGUUUCUUUGUUGGUCUUUCUGUUUACAGUUGGUUCAGUUAAACCAUUAUUUAUCUUUUACUGUAAGGUUUAAUUUCACUGGCAUAAAGAUUGACUUGUGAACCUGCUGAACAGUAGUGGCCGGAUACAUUCAGUCUAUAUGCCAGCGGAUACUAAUCUUCAGAAAUGUGAAUGCAAGUUAAAUUGCUUUAAAUGUAUAUCAUUUGGCAGCGGCUGUUAUCCAGAGUACUAAACAAAUGUGCUUUGAAUUGAACAUUCUAUUGUGCCAUAAUUUUUUUAUUACCAUGUUUGUUUCCUUUUAUUCUUAUUUUUUAUUACUUUUAUAUCCGUUUUUGGUAUUUUAAGUCUGUUCAAGCACUUUGGUCAACUGUGGUUGUUGUAAAUGUGCUAUAUAAAUGAACUUUGACUUGACUUGAUUUUGAAUUUCAGUGACAAAAUGCUCCACCUUCUUUAAAAAAGUGAAGGGUGCUGCAUAAUCAGCAUACACCUGCUGAUUCAGCGAUGUGCCCGGCGAAGGGGCAAAAGUCUAAAGCUAUAAAUCCAACUAAUAAACAAAUAUGGAACUAUCAGAGGUCUUUUUGUUAUUUCUUUUGGUAGCAUAAUACUCAAAACAG